AUGAUUCCAAAGAAAGUAUCUCGAAUGAUCUCAGUUUUCCCUCUUUUCCGUUUACCCCAAGUUGUUCUAUUUGAAGUGUUUCGAUUUUUGGAACCGAAUGAUUUAAUUCCGAUCGCUUUGUGUUCUCAAAGAGCCUUCAAUCUUGUUAGAAUUAAUUGGAAAAAAUCUACAAAGGCCGCGAUAUGGAUGGACAGUCAGCUUUAUUUCGGCUCCCAUCUGAAAGUCAACGACAUUUUUUAUAACUUAUUGACUGUGUCACGAAUCGAAGAUGUACCUGAAUACUAUUGGGAAUUUGUUCAAAUCAAAGGGUCGAAAGUUCCAAUAGGGUACAGCCGGAAAAGAAACUCAUUUGAGACUUACUGGAACGAUGUAUGCUAUGGAUUCAAAGCAGUUAUGGAGUUCGUCACGGAACUUUUUAGUUGUGAUAUUCACACUGUCAUGUUUGGAAAGAACACAUUUUGGUGUGUAGAGUGGGCUCAAAGUCGCCAGAAGAGUUUAAUGAACGCACACAUCUAUCAAAACCAAUGGAUCCGGGAGAACAGUGAAUACUGCAAAAUCAUAACUUCUUGCACAGCGGAGAAUCUCAUGAUUCAUGCUUACCAGAUUGAUGUAAUGCUUUCAACUGAGACCGUCUUCAGAACACGGAAUCAUUUAUCGAUAUAUUUUGGACGUUGGGUUCAGAUCCAGCAUUUGAUAAACAUGGACUGCGUCGAAAUUGAAGUUAAAAAAUCUUAUUUAAAACAAUCGGAUGUUACUUUAUUCUUGAAGAACUGGCUGAAUGGAGGGAACGCUCGACUAAAAUAUUUAAGCAUUUCAACGCAAUAUAUCGACAUAGACUUGUUUUGCCAGGAAGAGUUUCCAGAGAAUAUGGUCCGUUCGGAUAGAGAAAUGGAGUAUGAAAGUGAACGAAUAGGUAAGUGCAAAGUUCCUAUUUGUUCCGGUCUCAAACGGAAAGAUGGAGUCAUCGCUUUCAUUUUUUGGAAUCCCCAAGAACAUCAACCCACAGUGAUUAUGUCGAACGGGAUCACAACUUUGUAG